AUGAGCGACGACAUAACCUCAACGCCAGUAGUAUCGGUGGCGCGGGUGCAGUGCGAAAAGGAGGCUUGCGAACGCCACUGGUGGUGCUACAUUGUCAGCCUUGACAGCGCUCUGCAGGAGGAAGCAGACGAAGAGGACGGCCCAAAGUGGACGGAGAUGUGCUGUGAAAGAGUUUUUCCUCUUGUUGUUGUUCCCGUUGUUGUUGUUGUUGUUUGUUGUUUCUGUUAUCGCGCUCGAGGAGAAGACUUGCAGGAAGUGGUGGGCACAGUAGUCAUGAGCUUCCUAAGCCUGCGCAAUCGUGUCCUGCAGACCAUCAUACUCGGCCUCAUUGGCCUCACGUUCUACACGUACUAUAGGACCACCGACACUGACAUCCAGCAAUAUGCCCUUAUCAGGCACUACAACACGUUUUAUCAUUACCAGAGGAGUUUACCAGAAAACCUCGUUUCAUGGCGGCAAAGAAACAACUCGACAAAAGACUUCGUCACAAGUGCCAAUUUUGGUGUCCUCCAAAAACACACGCGUACCCACACUGGCGAACAUCCCAACAAAUGCACCGAACCUGGAUGUGGGAAAGCUUUUACUCAACUGAGUAAUCUCAAAAGGCACGUGAGUUUGCACACCGUUGAGUUUCCCUACCAAUGUGAUGAAUGUGGACAAGACUUUGCCUUCAAACAUUAUGUAAAAAAACACUUGCGUGUUCACACUGGCAAACGUCCCUUCGAGUGCAAGGAACCCGGAUGUGGAAAAGCUUUUGGACAAAGUGGUGAUCUCAACAGACACGCUCGUACCCACACUGACGAGCGUCCCUACAAGUGCAAAGAACUUGAUUGUGGAGAAGCUUUUCGUUCAUAUGGUGUCCUCCAAAAACACACGCGUACCCACACUGGUGAACGACCUUACAAGUGCAAGGAACCUAUAGAUGUGAAAAAGCAGUCAUUCAACAAACUACACUCUUAA